AUGAUCAGCGCAUCGCCAGAAUACGCCAUAACGAAGCCCCCGGGGAUGGCGCACCACCUGUCGCGCAAGCGGGACAGGCCGUUGCGGACCUACGGCAAGCGGUCGACCGCGACGCCUGAGCCGCGCGGCGAGCCACCGACCAAGCGGGCGCGGACUGAGGACAAGGAACCGGAAACAAAGGCAUCGGAGUCACCGGCGGAAACGCCAGAAAGCUCCGCCGGCAAUGACUCCAGGCCGCACAAGGAGGUGGCCGCGAGGAGGGCCCCGUCGAUCCUAAACUACUUCAAGCCGGUGCCUCGACCCCAGGAAGCGUCGCCGCCGAGGCAACGGGCGGAAAGCGCAGAUGCAGAACCCGCGCAGGCCAGACCAAAGAGGAGGACACGGCUGCUCCGGAUCCGGGCCACGUCCUCGCCGCUGAGUGACGCCGUCGAUGCAGAAGCGCGCCCGCCAGCAAUCGAUAGCAGUGGUGACGGACACGGCGACGGACGCGGCAGGACAGCGGACGGCGCCGACGAGCACAGCCCGGGCAGAGGCCCGCUGCACGACGGGGGCGAGAACCUCGUCAACCAGGCCCGGCCGGAGGACGUCGCGGCCAAGGUUGGCGCCAGGGCCCGGCCGCCGACGGUGCAGACGACGCUCAACAUCUCGGCGCAGGCGGCCUUUGCAGAGUGCAAGGUGUGCGACACGGUGUGGAACCCGCUGUACCCGGACGACGUCAAGUACCACGCGAAGCGCCACGCGGCGGUGGCCAAGGCCAAGAGGAAGGGCGACGGGCUGUAG